AUGUUUGGGAGAGGAGCACCGAAGAAAAGCGAUAACACAAAGUACUAUGAAGUUCUUGGCGUUUCGAAGAGCGCUUCUCCUGAUGAUUUGAAAAAAGCUUACAAAAAAGCUGCUAUCAAGAAUCAUCCUGAUAAGGGUGGUGAUCCUGAGAAGUUUAAAGAGCUUGCACAAGCUUAUGAGGUUUUAAGUGAUCCUGAGAAACGUGAAAUAUAUGAUCAAUAUGGUGAAGAUGCGCUGAAGGAAGGAAUGGGUGGCGGUGGCGGUGGCCAUGACCCGUUUGAUAUCUUUUCGUCUUUCUUUGGUGGUGGUGGAUUUCCAGGUGGUGGUAGUAGAGGCAGAAGACAGAGACAUGGUGAAGAUGUUGUUCACCCCUUGAAGGUCUCUUUGGAGGAUCUUUACCUUGGGACAUCUAAGAAGCUUUCUCUUUCAAGAAAUGUCUUGUGUUCCAAGUGCAAUGGGAAAGGGUCUAAGUCUGGGGCUUCCAUGACAUGUUCUGGUUGUGAUGGAACUGGUAUGAAGAUUUCUAUGAGGCAUCUGGGUGCCAAUAUGAUUCAGCAAAUGCAACAUCCUUGCAACCAAUGUAAGGGCACUGGAGAGACAAUUACUGACAAAGAUCGAUGCCCACAGUGCAAGGGAGAGAAGGUUGUUCAACAGAAGAAAGUACUUGAAGUUCAUGUUGAAAAGGGAAUGCUUAACGGGCAGAAGAUUACAUUCCCUGGUGAAGCUGAUGAAGCGCCGGAUACAGUUACUGGAGAUAUUGUAUUUGUACUUCAACAGAAGGAGCAUCCCAAGUUCACCAGAAAGGGUGAAGAUCUUGUUGUAGAGCACACCUUGUCCCUCACUGAAGCCUUAUGUGGUUUCCAGUUUGUCCUGACUCAUUUGGAUGCUCGGCAACUCUUGAUUAAAUCAAAUCCUGGAGAAGUUGUCAAACCUGAUUCUUACAAGGCAAUCAAUGAUGAAGGCAUGCCAAUGUACCAGAGGCCAUUCAUGAAGGGCAAACUUUACAUUCACUUCACAGUUGAGUUUCCCGAGUCGCUGACUCUUGAUCAGGUAAAGGCUUUGGAGUCAAUUCUGCCAGCUCGGCCUUUAUCACAGUUGACAGAGAUGGAGAUAGAUGAGUGUGAGGAGACAACGCUUCAUGAUGUCAACAUGGAAGAAGAGUCAAGGAGGAAGAAACAAGCUCCGCAGGAGGCUUAUGACGAGGAUGAUGAUAUGCCUGGUGGUGCUCAGAGAGUGCAAUGCGCUCAGCAGUAA